UCACGGGGACUUUCAGCUCUAUUUGGUCUUCAUAUACAAGUGACCUGCUCGUGCUCGUCCCUUCCUGCUGUGCAGAGUGGUUUUUCGGGGAGCAGGAAGAAUAAAUCAGCUGUGGUCAUGCCUGGCUCACACGCAGGAGUGCCGAAGAGCCCCCAUCCUCUCUGGGAGCAUCCAAGUACUGAAAAAUUUGAAGGGAGAAAUGCCUAUGGUGAAGAGACACACAUGUAAAGGCAAAUUGGGGUCCUAAAAGGAGCUUCCUUCCCAGAUACGGGAGGUAAAAGCAUGAAAUCCUCACCACCAAACCAUGCUGUGAGCCACAUUUGCAUGAAAUCACUGACACUGCCUAACAGUGUCCCUUUCCUCCCCGCGUGGGAAGUUCACUGCGCACAGUCACUGCCAGCACUGUAUGUUGCACAACCCCCUGUACUGUAAGACUGGGUAAAUAGUGACGGAUGACUUUGUACUUUGCAUUUGCCACUUGUGGAGCUUCCUUCUCCUUGCAAGACGCGCGCGCCGAGCCCAAGAUGAAGGUCGAGUUUGCUCCACUCUCUCUGCCACUGCAAAGGAGGCUUCAGACUGCAUCGGUGGUUCAGUGGGUCUUCAGCUUCCUAGCUCUAGGACUGUGCUGCAUAGCUCUCUUCAUCUGCCUCUUCUUCACACGUUUUUGGCUGGUCAGUGUCCUCUACGCAGCAUGGUGGCUAAUAGACAGGGAAACACCCCACAAAGGUGGGAGGCGGAUUCACAUCGUCCGGAACAGUGUCAUCUGGAGAUACAUGAGGGACUAUUUCCCCAUCACGCUGGUGAAGACAGCGGAGCUGGACCCCCAGAAGAACUACCUGCUGGGCUGUCACCCCCACGGCGUCCUGGCGGCGGGAGCCUUCCUCAAUUUUGGCACAGAGGCAUCGGGGUUCUCCGCGCUCUUCCCAGGCAUCACCCCCCACCUGAUGACGCUCUCCUUGUGGUUUCGCGUCCCCUUCCUCAGGGAAUACUUGAUGAGUGGAGGCCUGGUGCCCUCUGACAAGGAGAGCGCGUCCCACGUGCUGCGGUGGCCCGAGGGGGGCAACGCGCUGGUCAUCAUUGUCGGCGGGGCGCAGGAGGCACUGGACGCCCGGCCGGGAUCCUUCGUCUUGCUGCUGAGGAAGAGGAAGGGCUUCGUCCGCCUGGCCAUCGAGCACGGCACCCCGCUGGUCCCCGUCUUCUCCUUCGGCGAGAACGAGCUCUUCAACCAGGUCAGCAACCCCAAGGGCUCCUGGCUGCGGCGGCUCCAGCACCGGCUCCAGCAGAUCAUGCGCAUCUCCCUUCCCCUCUUCCACGCGCGAGGCAUCUUCCAGUACAGCUUCGGGCUCAUCCCCUACCGCCGGCCCAUCUGCACUGUGGUUGGGAAGCCGAUUCCCGUGCAGAAGAAGCACAACCCCUCCGAGGAAGAUGUUGAUCAAAUGCAUCAAAAAUACUUAGAUGAAUUGUCCAAGCUCUUUGAGGAGCAUAAAGCAAAAUACAACAUCCCUGAAGACAAACACCUCGAAUUUAUUUAGAGCUCCUCGUGUGAGUUUAAGCCAUAGGGUUCAAGCUCCAAGUUUUCUCUCUAUCUCUGGGACUAAUUCACAACCUUACCUUAGUCACAGUCAACAUAUGGUUGAUGCAGUGGAGGGAGCAGGACCUGAUUUUCCCAGCGUCUGCAUGGGUCUAGAGCCUGUUUUCAUUUUCUCUCUGUAGGACACACACAAAAAUGAAAAGAACAACAAAAAAAAUCCCAUCCAACCCAACCCAGCACUAUUAAAACUCCCCUGUAGAAAACUUAAAACUUGAGUCUGGCUUAAAGGCCAGGUUUCCAAGCUAUUCCCAGAUAGAAAUGAAUUAUGAAAACUUUCCUUUGCAUUUAAUUCAAGUGCCAUUUUCUCAGGCUGGCUAAGGAAAGGUUCACUCUGGGAAAAGUCCUCAAAGAUAUCUACCAGGAUAUCCAGGCCUUUGCUACCCACUCCAUUCUCUGACUUCAGAGAAAAAUUCACAGCUUUUUUUUCCAUAUAACAGAUGGGAAUAUCUAUCUGACCGCUCAGCUCAAGCCACUUGAUGGAAACAGGAUGACAAGCCAUAAUUUCUGUUGAAUAUAUAUAUAUAUUUUAAAUGUCAUUUGUCUGGAUUAAAUGAUCACUGUUUUCUCUG